AUGUUAUGUACUGUAUGCUGCUGGUGUUUUAGACAGAACUAUUUGUCCCGUUUGUGCUUGUUUGGAUGUUGGUGAAGCCGGGGUUUGUGAGUGUCUGUGGGUGCUGGCAGUUUGAACGGAGCAGAGUCGAAACUCUGAAGUGGCUCCUGCAGUGACAGGCAGGGCAGCGCGCUUCUCCGCUGACAGAUCGCUCCGCUAGGCUCUGCUCGAGUCGGCGCUGGUCGCGGUGACAGCAGGCUCCCGUACCACUUAGACACAGAGUCAUGCUGUAAAGCUGUCCAAACGCUCGGGUUAAAUAAGUCCACCGCUGAAAGAGAAUAUUGAGCUGUUUAAAUGCGGUUCAGAGCCAGGGUUUUAGGUCCGUGGCUGACGGUUGGACAUAGUCGCUCUGAUUUAACGUCCAACUGUCAAAGCGGAGCGCGCGCGCUGUCAGGUGAACUUUGCUGGCAGCAUGGCAGCCUCGGGUUCGGAGUAUUUUUACUCCGCGGGGAUAAUUUGCUCUAAUGGAGCGCAAAAGGCUGCUUCGAACAAGCCCUUGUUUUUACCGUAACAUUGUAGCGGAAACAUUAGUGUUGAUGGGUGUGUUGUUUCCACGGUACAGGCUAAAUGACACGUCCUCGCAGGAGACAAGUCAUGUUUCCACUGUGAACCCGCGCUGCACCGAGAUCUGAACAAGUUCAGAGAGCUUUUAAAGAUGCGCACACUUUCUGCAAAGUGUUCUCCCGCGGACUCAUGCUUUUGGUUUGACAGGGUUUAUGCAAAAAAAAAAAGAAAAAAAAAAGAAAAAGAAAAAGAAAGAAAGAUAAAUAGACCGUGAAAAGGCCAGAAAUUAAAUUAAAAAACAGAAAUGUUGGACCUACUUUUUUUGGCUGAAAGAAGAUCGUAUUGUCGUUUUAAUUUAUGCAAGUCGACUUAACUUACAGGGCUAUAAAAUCAGCUUUUAAAUUGAAAAUACUCUAAAGAUGUUACUUAUGUUGUUUACAUCCGUAUAUGUCAGAAACUGUGUCACAAUUCAGUUCAUAUCGGAGGUAAUGUGUCCACAUGGGCUGCAUUCUGUUCUGCUUCUAUUUUCGGACGGGUCCAGUUACACUCAUCAGUCUUCACAUUGACUUUAAGAUGCUGUCAUGAACCCGCUUGCAUGUGAUGAAGCCAGCUCUGCCUCAAGUUAAUCAAAUAUUUGUUUACAUGUCCACAAAGUUGUAGUAGUUGACCUGGAUUGCACUUUGACAUAUUGUGAAAAAGAGUGAAUCCAGCGCGCUGCUGCUGCUGCAGGGCUUCACAACAACCCGCUGUCCCAGGUUUUAUUAUAGAAAACUCUGUGCAAGCGAGCCAGCUGCACACGCUUGUUAGUAGGGCUGAGUAAUUGCGAGAACAUGGAAUGAAAUGCAUUGUUUCGUUCUUAUCUGAGCGUUAAAAAGUUUAAAAGAGAAUGCAAGCGGCUUGCUGAAAACUAUUUUCUUGCAUGCUCAUAGAAAACUGGGUAAAAAGCGACGAUGUUGUGCAGGAGGUUGGCACUUGGUAAACUUUUUGACGUUAGAUUUACUGCAUAGGGAGUUAUAGCGAUUGAUUUAAGAAGCGCCAAUAGAUUAAAAAAAUGUACAGAGCAUCUAAAGGUGUUAAUAUUUUGGCAAAUGCUUAUUAAAAAUGUAAAAGCAGGGAUCCAUUUAGUCUUUAUUCUUGUGCUUUCGAAAAAAAAUUGAAAAGGAUCAAUAUUGAGACCGUUAUUGUACAUAUAUAGUCAUAAAUAUAUUGAGCUACUCUUGUCUCUUCUCUUUAAAUAGGCUUCAUUUUCCCUUUAACAUUAUCGUGACAAACAGUUGUUUAUAAAAGGGAAAGUGAAGAGGAGAAAUCAUUCCAGAGGAAAAAUUUAAAUGUCUAGACAGUGUUUGUUUAAUAAAUGGCGCCGCCUUCUGGAGAAACAGCUACAUUGUUUUUGGUCUGCCACACUAAGGAUCAUAAAUAAUUUCAGUCCAGCUAAAUUACCUUAAAAUGACCUGAGCUACAGCUCUUAAAAACAGAGGAACAUUAUGACGCAUCAGCAAAAUAAAACACUUAAAACUUGUUCUGAAAGUUUUUAUAUCUUUGCAGAACUUGACAAAAUGGCUUGCGCAGCAGACAGCUGCAUACAGUUCACACGCCAUGCAAGUGAUGUCCUGCUCAACCUGAACCGACUGCGGAGCCGAGAUAUCCUCACUGAUGUCACCAUCCUGGUUAACAGGCAGCAGUUUCGUGCACAUAAGACUGUUCUCAUGGCUUGCAGUGGGCUGUUUUACACCAUCUUUACUGACUCCCACAAGUGCAACCUUAAUGCUAUCAGUUUGGACCCAAAGGUGGACCCAGAGGGUUUUGCCAUCCUGCUGGAAUUCAUGUACACAUCCCGUCUCACGCUGAAGGAGAGUCUGAUUAUGGCCAUCAUGAACACAGCCAUCUACUUGCAGAUGGACCAUGUUGUGGACACCUGUCACAGAUUCAUUAAAUCCAGUGAUCCGGCUGCUAAGCUGCCCAGAGACGAGUUUCUGGUCAGUCCGUUGGUUUUACCUCAGGACGUCCAUGCUUACCGGCCCCAUGAUGUUGUUGACAGUUUGCACAGCCGUGUAGCUCCUUUCAGGGAUGGGAGGCCCUAUGGCUCCAACAUGUUCAACGGGGUCAGCACCCCCAGCAACUACCAUCUCUAUGGGCAGUUUCCCAUGCCAGGGUUCCCCUUCCCUCUCUGCAAGCUCACUGAUGCCAAAAACGCUUUUGCUGACCUCUCAAAGAGCGCUCUCCACCACAAGCAUUGUUCUCCACACGACAGCGCCAACCUCAUCAGGGCAGAGUACAGCAGGGCGGUCGGCACCAGCACCUCCAGCAUUAUUCACUCCACCACCUACGCUUCCAGGGAGGUAGGGAGAGACGAAGAGAUGAGGAAGGAAAGCCACGAGGGGGUCAGCCAGUCUAUCACUCUCGCUACGAGGAAGCGUGCGUUUCCUGUGCUCACCCUGGAGCACCAGAAAGACUCGGGCAAAGAUCACGCUCCCCAGGCAGAGGAAGACCUGAUCCAUCAGCACUACCCACUGGGAAUCUCCUCCGCUGGACGCAAGAGCCUCAUGAGCAGCCCACAGAGCCCCCUCAAAUCAGACUGCCAGCCCAACUCCCCAACAGAGUCCAGCAGCAGCAAGAACGCCGGACUCUCCCAAACCAGCGGGGUGCAAAAUCUGCAAGGAACGCAGGAUCCCAAGGCUCGCAACUGGAAGAAGUACAAGUUCAUUGUGCUAAAUCAGAGCGCUAAAGAGGAGGAGGUGGGGCUGCGGGAUCCCGGGCUGCGCUCACCUCAGAGACUAGGCAUGCAACCAUACCUCCACCCUAGCGACUCGGAAAACCUCGACCCACAGAGCACGAGCAAGAGCAGCGAUCACAGCGAGGACCUACCUGUGCCCCAGGCCAGUCGUCUCAAUAACAUCAUAAGCAGUGCACUAGAAGGAUCACUAAGAGGCAGUGACGGCCACCCUCCACACUACUUGAGCCGCCUGAACUGUUCCUCCUGCGGCACCCCGUCAUCUCAGCACUCAGACGUCUGCCCCAACUCUUCCAGGUCCCGACUAGCAGAGGACAUGGCAGAGCUGCACUCUGAAUACUCUGACUCCAGUUGUGAAAACGGUACAUUCUUCUGUAACGAAUGUGACUCCAAAUUCGCCGAAGACGAAGCGCUGAAGCAACACAUGCUUCAAGUUCACAGCGAUAAGCCAUACAAGUGUGACCGCUGCCAGGCUGCUUUUCGCUAUAAGGGCAACCUCGCCAGCCACAAGACUGUCCACACAGGAGAGAAACCGUAUCGCUGUAAUAUCUGUGGUGCUCAGUUUAACAGACCAGCUAACCUCAAGACUCACACUCGCAUCCACUCAGGAGAGAAGCCAUACAAAUGUGAGACAUGCGGAGCUCGUUUUGUACAGGUUGCUCAUCUGCGUGCUCAUGUGUUGAUCCACACGGGAGAGAAGCCGUAUCCGUGCGAGAUCUGUGGGACACGCUUCCGUCACCUGCAGACGUUGAAGAGCCACCUGCGUAUCCACACGGGAGAAAAGCCCUACCAUUGUGAGAAAUGCAACUUGCACUUCCGCCACAAGAGUCAGCUCCGGCUGCAUCUCCGACAGAAGCAUGGCGCCAUCACCAACACAAAGAUCCAGUACCGUAUGUCGACGGUGGAAAUGCCGACUGACUUGACAAAGACGUGCUGAGUGGGAGACAAAAAAAGGGAACUUUUUUUUAAGGAGGCAAUCUUGACCUUGGCAUUUAAAGACCCCAACUUGUACAAUCAUCCAAAAUUGUAGUGCCACACUGUGUUCAUUAGACAAUUCAAUUGGCUGUGUACGCCAUUCUAAACGGGUUUCCACUACAUGUGAACGUAGAGCCACAUACGGCGUCUUAGUCACUUUAUUGUUUCUAUAUAGAUAUAUAAAUAUAUAUAUAUAUAAUAUGUAUGUUGGAAGUGUUUCUAAGCUUUGAAAGUACGUAUAUAAAGCUUUAUUUUGUUGAGAGGGAUGGAAUGUAAACAAUCAGUUUUUUGAAAAUACAUUAUUUUAUAUCAGAGAACUUACUUUUCUGAAAGUAUUGAAAAUUUUGAUCGACCGGUGGUACAUAUAUUUUAAGAUAAUAAGAUUUGCGGCUGUAUAGAGUUGUCUAUACAUUUUUAUGUAGAUGUACGUACAUGUUGCACCACGUCAAGUUGCCAUUUUCAUGUGAGGAGUGGAAAAAAAAUUGGAUUUGUUGUAAAACAUAUCAGAUGACUGCUGCUGUCUGAUGAGGAUAUGCAUGAGUUACUCUCCGACCAGUUGUCAGCGCACAUGAAGUGGGCAACUGCGUAAAUAUUGUGACAUAUUGUGUAAUUAUAUCUGUGGGAUUCUCUCUGCUGGCAGAGCCGAUCUAAGUGUUGAAAUGCAUUUCAAGGUACAGCUUUGUUAAUGACCAAGAAAAUAUUUUGCUUCAGACGUAUUUGUAUAGAUGUGUUUUUGUUGAUUUGUUUUCCAUAAAGUGAAGGUUUACAGUUUUUUGGUCAAUGUUCUAGCUCCUACAGUAAAGUUGUGUAAGUGUUCAGGUUAUUUUAUUUUGUUUGUACAUACACUGUGUAUUCGAUGUGCCUUUCUCUAAGCUGGCUGAAUUCUUCUCCUUUCAGCCCGGCUGUAUUAAGGUACAACUCAAGGACAACACUUGUCCUACAUCCCUCUUUGUGUGUGUAUGUUUGCGUGUGAGUGUGUGUAUAUAUUUUUAAAUGCUCGUCACCAAUCUGAAAACAUGCAAAUUUCAUCAGUGUAAAUCUUCAGGACUUGUUUUUGGAUUGGACUUUUUUAACUGCAUUAAUAUUAUUGUACAAUGUUAUAGAUGUAUGAAUGUAAA